AUGCCCUCGCCCUCCUCUUCUUCUUCACCCCCAAAGCUCAGACUCCAGAGCAUCUCCAGCCACAUGUCGUCCUUCACGUCCACUAGCUUCCCGGCCGAUGCGGUGCCUCAAGCUCCCGAGGAUCCCCUCUUUGGCUUGAUGGCAGCCUUCCGGGCCGACCCCUUUGACAAGAAAGUCGAUCUGGGAAUCGGCGCCUACCGAGACGACGAUGCAAAGCCGUGGGUUUUACCAGUUGUCAAGAAGAACCCCCCUCGUGCUCUGCAGGCCGAUGAGAUCCUCCGCAACGAUCCCGCCUUGAACCACGAAUACCUCCCCAUCGCCGGUCUGGCAAGCUUCACGUCCGCCGCCGCAAAGCUCAUCUUGGGCGCCGACUCGCCAGCUCUCACCGAGAAGCGCGCAUGCUCCGUGCAAACCAUCUCGGGCACCGGAGCCGUCCAUCUGGGCGCCCUCUUCCUCAAGAGAUUCUUCCCCGGCUCCCCCACCGUCUACUUCAGCAACCCGACAUGGGCCAACCACAACCAGAUCUUCGCCAACGUCGCCCUCCCCUCCGCUACCUACCCCUACUUCUCCAAGGACACCAAAGGUCUGGACUUCGCCGGCAUGAAGAAGACCAUCGCCGACGCCCCCGACCACAGCAUCAUCCUGCUGCACGCCUGCGCGCACAACCCAACCGGUGUCGACCCGACGAAAGAGCAGUGGAAGGAGCUGGCCGUGCUGAUGGCAGAGAAGUCCCACUUCCCGUUCUUCGACUGCGCAUACCAGGGCUUUGCGUCGGGGGACCUGGCGAAGGAUGCCUGGGCUGUCCACCACUUCGUCGAGCAAGGCUUCGAGCUGUGCAUUGCCCAGUCCUUCGCCAAGAACUUCGGUCUGUACGGCGAGCGGGCCGGCUGCUUCCACUUCGUCACCGGGCCGGGCUCGGACGCUCAGAAGACGAUCGGUCGCAUCUCUUCCCAGCUCGCCAUCCUCCAGCGCUCCGAGAUCUCGAAUCCGCCCGCGUACGGUGCACGCAUUGCCAGCCUGGUUCUGAACGACGAGGCGCUCUUCAAGGAGUGGGAGGAGAACCUGCGGACCAUGGCGGGACGGAUCAUCACGAUGCGCAAGGAGCUCCGGGCGAAGUUGGAGGCGUUGGGCACGCCGGGCACCUGGAACCACAUCACGGAUCAGAUCGGCAUGUUCUCGUUUACGGGCUUGAGCGAGAAGCAGGUGUUGACGUUGCGAGAUGUGGCACACGUCUACAUGACGAAGAACGGUCGGAUCAGUAUGGCGGGCUUGAACACCAAGAAUAUCGAUUACUUUGCCAAGGCGGUGGAUAAGGUGGUUCAGGAGACCCAGUAG